AACGCGGAUGUCACAUGACGUUUGCUUGGACGCGCAAACAAAACAACUCUAUCUUAACUCUCUGUUUCUUUUCUUUGCUCAGCAAAUGUGAUCUCCUCACUACAAUCGCUGCUGCUGCUAUUGCUGCAAGUGAACACACAUUUAAACAGGUUUUUAACGGCAGUCUGAGUCAACACUGUCGCUGCCUAUGGAGGCGGACGGAUUGGAAGAUGAGGGACCCUCGUCUCAGAGUGAAGAUUUCCAGUUGGCACAUCAGGAGAGUUCAGACCCUGUAGACAAUGUGUAUGUGGAUAAGGAAGCAGUGGAUAAACUCACAGAGGGAUUACUCUCUCACUACCUACCAGACCUACAGAACUCUAAAGGGGUACUUCAAGAGCUCACACAAAAUCAGCUGAUAUUGUUAGACACACUCGACCAAGAAGUCACAAAGAUCAGCGACUGUAAUGCUUUACUGGACCUGAAUUCGCUGUUUACAGAGGCAAAGGUUUAUCACAAUAAACUGGUGAGCAUCCGGAAAGAGAUGAUCAUGAUUCACGAAAAGACAACUAAACUAAAGAAAAAAGCGUUGAAACUGCAGCAACAGAAGCAGAAGGAGGCACUGGAGAAGGAGCAGCAGCGUGAAAAGGAGCUGGAGAGGGAGAGGCAGCUUAUCGCCAAACCCGCUAAAAGAACAUAGGAUCCUGCAGCAGUAUUGUCAACCACACAGCUAGUUUAACAUGUUUUGCCUUAUUUAUUACAUAUCAACAGCCAUUUUCCAAAGAGUGGGGUUGUUGUUUUUUUUGUAGACACUUUUCUUUCUUUUUUUUGAAAAAUCAUUUCUUUGGGUAUCUUGCAUUGAUUUGACAUUUCACUGUAGAGACCCAGAUCAGAGCAGAGAGGAGCUAAGAUGUCUUGGGGUUUUGGUGGUAACGUCAUAUACUAUAAAUCUAGUGGCCAAAACAAACCAUUUAAAUGGUAAUGGUGUGUGAAGUGCCAGUCAACACCUUCUGUCUAUAACUUUCAUGUGCCAGUGAUCGGAUUAAACUAAACUGAGGUUUUAGCUCCUACACGUAGGCAGCGUCACUAGAAAGCUAGUGAUUUGGUUGAGACUCAUCCACAGGUCUUUAAAUAAUAAUGUUCUGGGAUGAAAGCUGUUUUUACUGUGUCCGAACACACACACGCUUUAUACAGUAUGACACAAGAUUUACAUUAUACUGAAAGGUUGUUAUGGAAAUAUUGCUAAAAACACUCGAAGAUGAUUAAGAAACAAAUACUUUGUUACUUCCUGUGGAGAAAUUGAAUAGAACUAAAUAUUCAGUUUAUAGAACAGCUGAGCAAUUUGUUGCCUAUCCCAGCUUUGAAGCAUUCUUACAUAUACAUUACAUUUGACUUAUCAGUUUUAGUUUGUUCAGAAUUAUUGCAGGACUGCGUUAUAGAUAGUAAAAGUAAACAUGAGUUUAUUGCUUUACAUUUCAAGAAGGAUUCAUGUUUAGGUGCAGGGUAAUUGUAGUUGAUCAGGUUUAACCCUGUUACCCACUGGAAUAUAUAUAUCUACAUAUCUAAAUAUGUAUAUAUUAUUGUAAUAUUUAACUUCUAAGCAGAGAAACAUGGCAUAAGAAUAUAUAGGAAGCUUUUAAAAUAGACCUGGAGCGAGUCAAGUGUAUUGUUUGAUUGACUUUGAGGAUAUGAGUUGUUACAGUAGCCAGACGACUCGUGUUUAUUCACUUUUAUGUUGUUAUAUUGCUGCACUGCAGUUGGAGCAAAGUGGUGUGAAACAGUCUGCGAGGAAGGCAAUGUAAACAGUGUGUGUUUGCCUUGGUGAAACAGUUCAGUCGGUGUAUGACGAUUGUUCUCCGGGAAGGACGUUUGGUCCUUUUUUUCCCUGAGAUGAACAAAAUCAGCACAAACCAAAAACACAAGGACUAACUCAUCAGAUGCUGGUAUUUACACGAUCAAACCUCUGAUACAGAAACACAAGCACUUCCCCCUGAGAGCAGAACAAAUGAGUCAAAGACACAUCACAUGACCAGGAGGAGAGACAGACCAUUUACUAUUUCCUCUUUUUAUGUUUUUAAAGGUUGAUAUACAGUAUGUUGUCUCUGGGCUUCAUAUCCUGUUUGGGUUGAUGUUGAUCUGUGCUAGAUUUGACUGACUGUACUUCUGAGGUCCAAAUAAUUUAAUAAUUCAUAAUAAUGUGUGUCAAACUUUACCCCCACUGUUACUCUGCAUCCAAUAAUUAUAAUAAUGAUAAAUAUUUCAAAAAGGCUGCUAUGCACUACUUUUACCUGGAACGCCACUGUUUGUACUAUUAUGUACUAUAUGAAUAAUAAAAUCAAUACAAACUA